UGCAAAUUAACAUACAAAACUCCUUAUCCUGCCACUCCGUCAGGCUUUUGUUUUGUUCUCCAGAGGUUGAUGCCUGGGGAGGUCGUUUGCGCGGUGGAUGAAGGAAAGAAAAUGGAAAGGCACUAGGGCAAAUCUUGGACGGAGCCGACUCGGGAAAGGAGCGGAGCCCAACUUUCUACGAAGAACUACACCGUAAUUUCAAUGACACAGAAAUAACUUGUCAUUUAUAUUUUACUACAUAAUGACAGGCUAUUAUAUAAGCCUACAUACAGCAGGGUUUUCGGUUUAGGAGCUCAAUUCUGCCGACUGGGCGUGCACCUAUGAAAGAGAAACAAACACAGGCACGACGAAGGACAGGAGGAUAGUAUGUCAACAAGCACACUCAUCCAACCCAGCAUCAGGGAGAAGAAAGGCAGCUUCUUCAAGCUGAUCGACUCAUUUGCCUGGGAGAUCGGAACUCUGAAGAGGGAGGUGGUGCAGAAGGCUGAGCCAGCAGAGAGGGACCCAGAGCCUGUCAUACUACAGGGGCUGGAUGGGGAAGUGGGAGGUCUGUUCCUACAGGCUCCUCCCUGUGUUGGUGUGGGGGCACGGCUGGCUGGAGCUAGAGAUUCAGGCUACGACUCGUUGCGUAGAAGGAUGAGUGUGCUGGACAGGCUGGUGCAGACGCACGUUGUGUGGCUGCAGCUGGGACUUAACCAUGCAGACUCCACAAGCAUACUGGAACCGCAGCCCACCGGGACGUUUCUGGUGAGGAAGUCGACUACCCUGCAGAGGAAGGUGAUCUCUCUGCGUAUGCAUCAGGACUCUGAGACACCUGUCAAAGACUUCCCUGUGAAGGAGAGUCAAUACACAUUCUCCUUGGAGGGAUCGGGCCUCGGCUUCGCAGACCUGUUCCGUCUUGUGGCCUUCUGCUGCAUCAGCAGGGAUGUCUUGCCAUUCACCCUAAAGCUUCCAGAAGCCAUCUCUGCAGCCAGGACACCAACAGACUUGGAGGAGGUGGCCAAGCUAGGAGCAGGCUUCUGGGACUCUGAGCAUUGCUGCAGGAGCAAGAGUUCCGUCUCCCGGUUGUCCGGGACAACCAUCCAGGACCAAUCACUCAGCCCCCUUGUCACCCGCACCCCGUCCCAGCUUGAGUGUUCCCAGUCCAACGGGGCUCUCUGCUUCAUCAACCCCCUCUUCCUGAAGGUUCACGACCCAGAGGGGGGCAACCACACCCCUCCCUCCUCCACCAGCUACUACAACAACCCCCACCACCUAAACAACAAUAGUACUACAACAACUACAGCAACAACGGUACAAGGUCAACAGCACUGUACCAGAAACCCAGAGCAACUUAUCGACUGCACAAACAGCCCUCAACCCCCUAGCAACAGCCCUCAGAGUCCUAGCCCUGGCAACAGCCCCCAGCAUUAUAACAACAGUGUGAGCCAGGCUAAGAGCGUGUCCCGCCCACCACCGCCUCGCCCCCCACCUCCCCAUUGUGCUCCCCGUCGCCCUGCCCCUCCUCGACGCCAGUGCAGCAUGCCUGAGAAGAUAUCCUGGAUCAACCCCCCCAAAGAGAAGGACAGGGUGGGAGAGAGGGAGAAAGGAGGAGAAAGAGAGAAGGGCAGUAGCCUUCUCUCCCGUCUGGGCUCCUCUCUCAGCAUCAGUCCAUCCUCUUCUUUCCUCUUAUCCUCCCCUCCUAAGAAGCUCAGCAUCAGUGCCCCCAUCUCUAUUCCCUUGUCCCUCUCCUCCCCAAGUAGGCCGAAACCCACGCCGCCAGGCGACGUCGACUGCCAUCUUGCUCUCGAUGACCAGACUAUUGAGAACGCCAUUUCUCUCAGUCUGGCUAAGCGGGCACUGAGAAACGCCACCACCCCUGAUGACAACACAGAGGGAAACAGUCCGUCCACUCAAGACCCAGCCCCCUCCCGUCGAGAGGAAGGAGGAAGAGAAAGAGGAGGAAGAGGGGACAGUGUGCAGCGCCUGAGCGACAUGAGCCUUUCCACCGAAUCCUCUGCCGACUCACUAGACUUUUCCCAGGGCUUCUUCCCCCCUCUCUCUGAACCCAGCCCCCCCACCAUCAACAACCUGGUCCUUCCCCCCCUCACCCACCCCUACAGCAGCAUGGAGGAAGAUGAUGAUGAUGAAGACGAAGCAGACUUCGGCGGGAGCCUGGAGAGCGACCAAGACCAGGACCUGACCAUCACCCCUCCUGGGCUGCGCACCAAACGGCGAGCCAGCGCCGGGGCCAUGGUCAUCCAGCGGGCCCUCAGGGGCCACCUCCGUAAAAUGAGUGGGGUGUUCAACUCGCUGAUGACCCCAGAGAAACGGGCCAUACGGAGAGUCCUGGAGCUGUCGAGGGACAAGGGGUCUUACUUCGGCUGCCUGGUGCAGGACUACCUGAGCUUCCUGCAGGAGGGAGGCGGCAGCCAGGCCUGGCAGUGCCACGCAUCAGGACUGGAGUUGCUGCAGACGCUACGCCAGUUCAUCACCCAGAUGAAGAGCUACCUGCGGCAGAGCUCUGAGCUGGAGCCCCCCAUCGAGUCACUCAUCCCAGAGGACCAGAUCGACUAUGUCCUAGAGAAGGCCAUGCAUAAGAUUGUCCUGAAGCCCCUAAAAGGUGUGGUGGGAGUGGCCCUCCAGGAGUUCCAGGUCCGCAGCGGGGCAUGGCAGGAGCUUAAGGAGAACCUCUCAUUGGCCAAGGUCCGGCAGCCCCAGGAAAUGGGCGUGACCGACGCACUCCCUCCAGAUCCAGUCGCCAUAGAGAAGAUCCGGCACAAGUUUCACACCAUGUGUAAACUCUACUCUCCUGAGAAGAAGGUGACCAUGCUGCUGCGCGUGUGUAAACUCAUCUAUACCAUCAUGGAGGACAACUCAGGUCGUCUGUACGGGGCAGAUGACUUCCUGCCCAUGCUGACCUAUGUGUUGGCCCAGUGUGACAUGCCUCAACUAGAUAACGAGAUCCUCUAUAUGAUGGAACUGCUGGACCCCUCUCUGCUCAAUGGAGAAGGUGGAUACUACCUGACCAGUGCGUACGGAGCCAUGUCCCUCAUUAGGAACUUCCAAGAGGAGCAAGCAGCUCGUGUACUCAGUUCUGAAACACGCAACACACUCCACCAGUGGCACCGUCGCCGCACCACCCAGCGCACUGCUCCCUCUGUAGACGACUUUCAGAACUACCUGCGAGUGGCGCUCCAGGAGCUGGACAGCGGCUGCACGGCCAAAACCCUGCAGGUGCAGCCCUACGCCACCACAGAGGAAGUCUGCCAGAUCUGUGCCUACAAAUUCAAAGUUCCCGACCCUGAGGAUUACGCUCUGUUCCUGCUCACUGAGGGCUCGAGCCAGCAGCUAGCCCCUGACACAUACCCCCAGAAGAUCAAAGCUGAGCUCCACAGUCGACCCCAGGCCGCACCUUUUCACUUCGUCUUCCGUCGCGUGGCUAACCUCAAUGAACUGGACGUGACCUCUUUUGACCCCCAGUCCAUCCUCAAUGACGUCACCCUUACCACGGACUCUGAGCCCAAUCACAAUGAUGUAGCCUUAACCCAUUCGGACCCCCAGCCCAACUUCAACCUGGGUCUCAGUCCCAGUCUCAGCCUCAGUCUACCCCCCAACCAGCAAAAUGGCAACUCCAUAUCUAUCUGAGGCUGCAGGGCUGGAAACUCCAUCUGGACAUUCUUUCUGUAACCCAACAAAACUGAUCUGAGCUGUGUUUAACUGGAUUGAACUGGGCCUAACUGGGUUAAGCUGAGCCAUGCUGAGUUUAGCCAAAACAAACUUCCCUUUUUGGUGAAUCUUCUGUCUAGCAGGGCGUCCUCAAAGCGGAAAGCUUUGUCUAAGUACAGGAGGAAAGGAGAGGAAGAGGGAAGGAAAUGCGACAGAUGGGGUUAUUUUGCAGCUCUAUUUGUGAACCUUUGGGACAUGGCACUCAAGGAGCACACGUGAGGGCAAACGCCACUCACAUAAAGGAUGGAUAUGGAUGGAUAAAGUGAGGGCAAACGCCACUCACAUAAAGGAUGGAUAUGGAUGGAUAAAGUGAGGGCAAACACCACUCACAUUAAGGAUGGAUAUGGAUGGAUAAAGUGAGGGCAAACGCCACUCACAUUAAGGAUGGAUAUGGAUGGAUAAAGUGAGGGCAAACGCCACCCACAUAAAGGAUGGAUAAAAGCUUUGAAAUAGUCUUGUUACAGACACAGACAGACCCUCUAUACGGUCAUACUGCAAAAGUGUCUGAAAGUUCAGAUUCGGGGUCAGUUUUUGGUUUGUAACUCCUAGUGGUGAAGCAAAGGAUAAGUCGAGGGAAAGCUGAUCUCAGAUCUGUGGAUAGGGGUAACUUUUGUCUGCAAUGGUUCCAUCUAGUGAUGUACUCAUUCUGUCCAUUCACUUUUUCUUCAGACAGAAUAUAGCCUUUAUAGCGGAUAUACAGCAUUUACUUUAUCUGGGUGAUAGCCUACAUCUCUUAUGAAUUACUUGUUGCAGUUGCUGGUAAAAUUGCAGGAUAUGUAUUUUUAUGGAAUAUUGUUUUAUCAUUGCAUGUUCUUUUCUUUGUUAAAUGUUAGAAACGGGCAUGUCUGCCAGUGACGAAAUAAUGAAUGUCCUUAAUGUUAUGAUUAUCCAGGAGAUAUGAUACUGUACAUCCCUCAUAGCUAAUCCUUAGUUAAUAGAGGUCAUUGCUGUCAUAGUGAUUGUGUGAUAUAUGAUUGACUGGCUUGGUCUACAGUACCGGCGUCAAAUCCCAGACAAGGUCAUGAAAUAUUGUACUACUGACAAAUAUUAAAAGUAGGCCUAAAUUGCCUUAUGAAAUUUGGUGUGUCAAUUCUCAAGCUGGUCUGAGAUUAUGCACACACACACACACACACACAAAUGCACAAACUUGUGUGUGUUUUGGCUCUUGGCUGGUAAGAUUUGGAGCAUUGGGUAUGAGGGCAUAAGAGAUUUGCAAGGACGCAGAUUUGAGAAAAAAUAAGAAACCUGCACACUGCUCUUGCUAGGUAUCACUGCUCUUUUUUUAAGCUUUGACAAAGGCCUUGAGGUCGAUACGUAAAGGUUAAUAAAGAGCAGUGAUACUAGCAAGCGCAAUGUGUAGGUUUCUUUUUCAAUUGUUACCAUGCACCUGCAAUAAAGAUAGCUAAGAUGUGCCUUUUUGAAUUUUGAAGGACACAGAUUUAAAAGACAGAGUGAAAAGAAUGAGAUGUGAAGUAGAACUGAAUCAUUAAUAAAAUAAGGCUCUAAUGUUUCGUUAACUGAACACAAAUCAUGUUUAAACAAAUUGCAUUCUAUUAAUGUAUCAGUACUUCAAUGUUUACCAUUUUGAAAUGUAGAGUUGGGCAUUGCUGGUGCUGUAGAACGAUAACAGAAAAGUGAAAUGGUAAAUGUGAUUGAGGAAAGGUUAAGGAGGCAAUAGCAUUAUUGUUAAACACUAUGUAGCUUAUAAUGUUAGUUAAAAAUAUUGAAAUAUAUUUAAACUUUUUGGGGACUUAGGCGUUAUCCUGUUUUAAAUGUACUUAUACUGUAAUACAAUUGCUACUCUAACAAGAUUUUAAAUGAUACACAUUUUUGUAUUUAUAUGUAUCUGUGCUGGGAUUUUUUCACAGAUUGCAAUAUAACAGAUAUGGAAAAGCAGUCUUCCAAGAUCAACAAGAAAUGUACUUAUGUUCCUACGCUAAAGACUCUCUGUACGUAUCAUUGAAUGAUAUUAUUUUGCACUCAAUAAAUUUUGGUCAUGAAUUUGACUGUGCA